AUGGCUGAUCGUCAUCGGAUUCCAUAUCAGACUCCACCAUCGAGCCCUUAUAGAUGUCCUUUAUCCAAAAGUCCUGAUGUAUCUCCGCCGAAGGGUGGUCCACCUAGGUCUCCCCAUCCAUAUCCUCGAGUUCAGAAGCCUUCAUCUACGUCUGGUCCUCGAGUUUCAUCGUCCAAGAGAGGGGAUCCGCCGAGGAGUUCUCAGGGUUCCCGAUAUGCUGUUAAUCGCCCUCCUGCGUCUCAGCGUGCUGAACCGACGAAUGUGUCGUCUCAUACUCCUCAAAGUGCUGAGCCGCUAGAUAUACAACCUCUUCAUUCUAUUGCUCCUACCACAAAGCCUUCUCAGAAGUCUACGGUCCCCCCACCUACUGCUCCAGUGAAGGGGAAAUCCGCCAAAGGUGCUGCGUAG